CUGUCAUGGAACAUCAUGGUUGUAGUUGUAAGCGAAGACCUAAACUUCAUCAGGGCUUUCGCGGACCAUUCGCUCCAAGGGCGACUCCAUGUGUGGUCUUCGAGGCUUCUCUUAGUAACAGGUCUCCCUCUGUCAUCUCUCCAGUCUCUCCUGAAGGAGCACUGGACUUUCUCCAUGAUGAACGCAAUAGCCAUUAAUGCUGAGAUGACUCUUCGUGACAUAAGAAUAGAAAUUGUUAGCAGGUGGAACAUCUAUAACUACCUGCCCUACAGCAGUUCUGGAGCAGUUGUCGUUCGAAUUGCUUCGUGGACAAACAAGAGAGGAUUUACUCCAUUUGGACAAACACAUUUGUUUCCAGAAAAGUACUCCAACUUCUACGGAGCAACCGUAAACAUAACGGCCUUGACCUAUGCACCUUACUGGACUACCAUAAAGACCGAAAACCCAGAAGACGGAACAGUUACCGAGACUUACAAGGGCACCGAUGCUAUGCUUCUCAAAGCUAUAGCGGAAGCCCUCAACUUCAAGGUUUACAACAUUCCGACGAAAAACUGGGAUGAGGUUGCCCAGAGAGUGACGGAGAGAGCCUCCUUCAUGGCCACCGUCUUCCAUUUCGUGUUCCCCCAACGAAUGGACCGCUACGAUUACUCCUACACAUACGAAUUCGCUUCCAUGGCCUUCUGCGCCUCUAAGCCACAGCUAAGCCCCAAAUGGGAAAGCCUUUAUUACCCUCUGGCUGAUGCUGUCUGGGUGGCCAUUUUGGUUGUGUUGCUCGUAGUACCUGUUUUGUUGUUCAUGUUAAACCGUAUCAGCCAUUCGCUCUAUCAAGCCAAGAGGAUCAGGACUGGCUUCGUGGCAGAGGUGAUAGUCGGCACCCUUUUAUCUCAGCCCCUUUCCAAAUGGUUGCCCAUGACCGCCUCUGUGCGUAUCCUGAUGACUACGUGGCUCGUCUUCGCUUUCAUCAUCGGGACGGCCUACAGGGGAAACCUCACUGCGUAUCUAACCUUGCCCAAGUACCCACCUAGGGCUGAAACCAUAGAGGACCUAAUCAAGACUGUGGACAGCGUAAUCUCUCCCCCCUACGGAGCGGAAUUCCGAGCAUUUUUUCAACAGUCAGAUUCCGUGGAAUUCCAGACUCUUGCUCGAUUAAUGGAUGUUGGACCUUCAGUCAUGGAAGGACUUCAAAGAGCCGCCGACCAUAAAUGUGAAUCGUUUGGCAUCGAAAAUUCUUAUCAGUUAUCUUAUAUUAUUCAUAGUGAAGCCUACAUGGACGGGAAGCGAUACAUCGAACAAAAUAUUGCCCAGUACUUCACCAGAGCAGACGGAAGCACGAAGCUGUACGUCGGAAGGGAAAACGUUCUGCCUGGACUUGCUGCCUGGCCCAUCCCCUUUGACGCUCCAUUCAGACCCCAGUUGGACAGGCUCAUGAUAGCUGUUCUUGAGGGAGGACUCUAUGAAAAAUGGGGAGUUGACACCUUGAACGAAGCCAGGCUCGAGAGUCAGAGGAGGCAGAAAAAGUUCCAAGAGCAACAGGCAGCAUCAGAGGAGUUACCUACAGAUGAGGAAGAACAGAUUAUACGAUCUCUCACCAUCAUUCACUUACAAGGACCUUUCUUGCUUCUCAUUCUCGGUUUGGCUAUGGCGGCUUUUUCUCUGAUUGAAGUUUCAGGAUACAGUAGUCCAGAUUUCAUCGUUGGGAAUUGUAAGAGGAAAAACUUUGCACUUCUAGAGAAGCGAUAUUGA